CUCUCUACAUGCUCCCCUAAUAACGCUUCGAUCUCCAGCGAAAUUGCGCCAAAUUUUAUGUGUAUGUGUGUGUUGUGGUUACUUUUGAAGUGUCUGAGGUUUUAGUGAGUUGAUGUGUGAGGAGUUUCGAGGCACCAUCGAAAGAUAAUGAUACCAUCUCCUGCGAGUCCGCCGCUGCCUUGAGGCAAUAUGAAAUUAAACCGGAGUCUAGACGUGCGGCUCAUAGUCCUCUGCACCACCUGUUUUCUUCUUCCGGCUUUCGCUUGUCCUUCACAAUGUAUAUGCAAAUGGAAGAACGGUAAACGGUAUGUAGAAUGCACAGACAAAGAUCUCAAAUCGAUACCGAACUCUCUAGACUCAGAAACCCAAGUAUUAGACUUUACCGGCAACGAUUUGCAAGUUUUACAAAAGGAGACCUUCCACAAACUAGGAUUAUUGGACUUACAGAAAAUUUAUCUGCAAAGAUGUCGUUUGCAGAAAAUCGAUAACGCCGCCUUCAGGGGCCUUGCCAAUUUAGUCGAGAUAGAUCUAUCCAACAAUUAUAUUACUGUAAUACCGUCUACAAAUUUCAUCUUCUUUCCUUCUCUAAUGAGGCUCUCUUUGAACAAUAAUCCAAUAUCAAGCAUUAAGACACACUGUUUUCAACAUCUGUCGUAUUUGAAUACCCUCGAGCUCAGUAACUGCAAAAUUGAGACUAUUGAAACAGAGGCUUUUGCUGGUUUAAAGCAUUUGGAGUGGUUGAGAUUGAAUGGAAAUAGAUUAUCAAAUAUUCAAGGCGACAGUUUGUUUCCCGAUACGUUGCGAGGGAUCGAUCUACAAAAUAAUAACUGGAAUUGCGACUGUCAUUUGAGAGAUUUACACAGUUGGCUAUCGAAUUUCAAUAUGCCACACGCAGUUGAGCCAAUUUGCUCUCAACCUGAACGGCUCAAAAAGCGUACAAUCACGAGUAUCGACGAAUUUGAUCUGGCUUGCUUGCCGAAAAUAGCCCCUACAACUUUGUUUAUAGAAACGAAUAUUGGAAACAAUGUUUCACUAGAGUGCAUGGUGAAAGCCGUGCCAGAAGCGAAAAUACAAUGGUUUUAUCAAGGCCAACUUAUUCGAAACUAUUCAACUUCGGCCGCCGAGCCUCAUCAUGUUUUUUUCGUUGAAAAUGGUGUUAUAGAUAAAAAAAGUGAACUGUAUAUAUACAAUAUUGGAACAGAUGACAAUGGUACGUAUUCGUGCUUGGCGGAAAAUUCUGCUGGCAAGGCGAGAAUGAAUUACACUAUUAAAAUUAUAGUUAAAGAAGAACCCGUAGUAAUUGUCGUAACUUUUCCUCAUAGGCAUUUAGUUGUGAUAGUGACAGUGAUAUUUCUUAUAAUAGUUUUACUUAUAGCCAUCAUAGCGGUUGUUUUGCUUAAAUUUAAAACAGAUACUAGAAGUCGAAAAAAGAAGGAAAGUGGUAAAGAUGUUGCAAUGUGUAAUCAAAUUUUACCAUCGGGAAGGACAAAUGGUUCUCUGGCUAAAAACAACGGCAGUUUGAUAGUAAAUGCACACUCACAUCAUGCUCUACAUUAUACAGUACAAACUAAUCGAGAUUUUGAGUCACAUGACACAUAUCAAAGCAAUAACAUGAAAGGCUUUGUCGAUAGAAAUCCUGACCUAAUUAACGAUGCGGAAACCGUUGCGAACAAUGCUCUUAACGAGAACACAGCGUCGGUAUACAAAACACAAAAUGCGAACGAUAGCUUUGAGGAUGACAGCGUAUUUAGCACACAGCCUGUUCAGCGACAAGUGACGUGGCAAGAUCAACAGACUACGACAAAUAUGAGUUUGCCCCAGAAUGCCAUGUACCAACAUUCUGCUGAUGUUCAUCUUAAUCCAGGGUGUUUCUUAGAUAAUGAUGGGUAUCCAUUUGAUUAUGGUCUCCCAAAACAUCCAUGUCGACAGCCAAUUAUGUCUAAUUACUCCAUGGUGGGGCCAUUCUAUCAAACACUACCCCAUAAUCGGCCAAAAGGACAAAAACUCGUUUGUAAGUUUGCGAAAGACAACGAGUUUAACGCCUCUUCACCACCUUGUCCUAAUUAUGAAGUAUUUAACGCUAACAAUGUACGACGUACUCUGGAAGGUUAUCCUGUGCCACGGAACCGUCAAAUCGCAUUUGUCGGUAAUGGUACCGUUUACUUUAAUGAAGAGUUUGUACCUUCUCCACCUGAAGGCUAUAAAUCUGAGCCAGUGCAGUGUUGUGCGCCUGAAGCGUGUGCUCCUUGGAGUCCAAAAGGGACGUGCGCUGUAAUGGUCCCGGUUGGGAUCGCUGAGACACCGGGAAGGUGUUAUCAGGUUGAGACCAGAUGUGUGGAUACGCAAACAACUGAUACAAGAGCAGCUGAAGGCCCAGAAAAUGUCCUUAAGCCGCUGCCCCAAGUAUCUAACGCUAAAUGUGCGGCCGAUAUUUGUUCGGAGAGCCCAGACGAGGGUUAUGUAGGAGACACUAACGACAUCUGACGACGUCGACGGCACGAUAACGCGUAAACAGGGCAAUUUAGACGCUAAUAAAGUGAUAAAGCGACUGAGUAUGAAAAUAUUAUGUAUAUAUAGCAGUGAUGUACAGUGCAUUUGGUAUACACUCUUGAUAUAAGUUUUUAUACAAUUUUCAUUCAAUGUUCUUUUUUUAUUCAUUAUGUUAUAUCCGAUACCAGCGGAAAUUUAGCUCUAGUCAAAUUAGAUAAUAUAGUUACAAAUGUAUUCUCUUACGAGUAAUUUUGUGGCUAAAUUUAAGCAAUCUCGACUUUACCGUUAUACAUUUAUGUUAUUUAUUACAACUUCAGAAAUUCUUUAUUAGAAAUAGCGGAGCGAAUGUUGAAAUGUGCCAAGUCUAAAAUAGUAGUUACUUUAGUAUAGAACUAACCCGGCGUGAAGCGUUUUAUUAUAAAGUAAGAAUUUCUGUUAUUGCUUUGAAAAUAAAACUGGUUGUUAGAAUGAAAUAUUUGUAGCCUGAAAGCUUGCGGUUUAAGACUGCUAACUUAUUUAAUAAUUAUUGUUUUAAAAUAAAUACUAAGCUGUUAUAGUUCUUAAAAAUAUUACUAAAAGAAGCAAUAAUAUUUUUUA